AUGCCCACCAAUGAAAUGCCAGCUCCUGGACCAAAUGCAGAUGGAAGAAAAAUGAGCGGUCCCUUGUGCGCAGGACCUGUCAGCAAGGACCAUUCAGCGAUUCCUGUGUUAAGGGGCACAUCAAGGAUGCUUGACCACAUGAGGCCUGUUUCUUCCUCCCUGGAGUACAGUUUUGUUCCAGAGGAGAUUUUCCGAACCCUGACCUGUGCAAGCAGUUCUCUCAGCAGUCCAGAAUACUUAAAAUCCCACCAAACAGUAAAAAACACAAUGGGCUUCAGGCAAGCAACCCUAGCACAUAGUCUGGUUCCCAAGGAAUUUCACAUCGUGAAGAACAGGGGAGUUUUGCCCUUGAAGUACUUCGAUGAGAAACCUGCUGGGAGGUUAGAAGUCAUCCAGCUGAUGGAGGCAAUGGACAACAUGUUGGAAAAAGCGGGAGUAGAUGAGCUAAUCAGACUGCACAACGUGCUGGAGCUACUGAAGGCGGAACAGAACAUUUACAACAUAGUUUUCCAUGAGCUGAUUCGGCAGGUCAGCGUGGACUGCGUGGAGAGAGGACAUCUGCUUUCUAAGCUCAGGCAGAGGUAUGUGGAUCUCCUGGAGCGGAUUCCUCAACAGAUGAAGACUCUCUACAAAAAAAUGAUGGCACAGCAGUUGCUUGACAGACAUAUUACAAAGGAACUACUCUAUUUUAAGGAGUCUGUUGAACAGCUGACCAGUGAGCUGUAUGAGGUACGAGAACAUGACCGCAAGGUGACCAGAGAAGCAGAAAAAGCUCAAGAGGAGCUAGCUGCAGCCAUGCAGGAGGCUGAGGCGAAUGCAAACCUUUUGGAACAGUAUCGGGAGUUGUAUGAGUUACAGAGGAGAAGACUGGAGGACCAGGUUCUGCUGGUAGCUCAAGAGAGAGACAUCUGGAGCUCAGCUGCAUAUGACCUGGCUCUGAAGGACACGAGAGACCUUGCUGAUCUGCAGGAAGAGGCAGAGCAGUUCAGAGAAAUGUUGGGUCGUGUUGGAGCAGAAAUAGAGCAUUUGGAGGAGUCCAGCAAGGAAAAACUGCAAAUUGUGUGCCGCAGUCUCAACAAGUGGCUUCAGUACCGUGACAGGAACUUUUCCUCUCAGAUGAAUGAAGAGCUAUUGGAUGAAAUCAUACCAGAUAUGAAGAUCUUGAUAAACAUGCUGAAGGAAGACGUACAGCAGUAUGGAGGAGGGGUGUACCUAGCAAAGACAGAAAGUCUCAGGAGUGCUGCCAGGCUACAGGAACACUGGACAGAGCUAGGACAAACAGUGCUGAAUCGACACCAGGACUUCACUGGGGCAUUGCCUCCACAGCAUGCUGCCCUGGGAGAAAUAAACCAAAGUGCACGUGAACUCUACCAGCAAUACAAUAUACGGAUAAGUGGGAAUAAUGGCACAACUAUGUUUUUGACAGCCUUGGUGAGAAGUAUGGAAGAUUGGUUAUUUAAGGUGCAAAAGCUGAAGAAAGGUUCUGGCAUGCACAAAGCUGAGCUGCAGGCAUUUUAUCACAGGAUUCCUUCAUGGUUGGCCCAGGUGGAUGCAGUGAUGAGCUUUAUAGGCUCUGGCCAGUUGCAUGAAGCUAGGAAUGAUAUGGAACUACAUCUCCCGGUGGUACCUAGAGAAUUUUUUAAGAUGAUUCAGCAAUGGAUUCUGUCCAUGAAUAAUGAGGUUGAGAAGAGUAUCAUGCAUCUUAAUGAAGAAGUGACUGAACUGCACAGAAACCAGACCCUGUGGCUGGUGAAUUUGCUGCGACAUGUGACAGCAGACCGCUUGUUCUGUGAGUGUCCCCAGCAGCAGGAGUCAGAGACUGAGAUGGACAAGGAGCUCAGGCUUCUGAGUGCUCAUAAACUACAGGAUGAAGCUAAAGAGCUGGUUGCCAAGAUGUGCAGGCUGUCUGGUUCUAUAGUCAGCUCCUGCCGUGAGAUUGUCAGUGCAAUUGUUCGAAAGAAACGGUCAGAGAUGGAUUUAGAAGCUGAUUUUGAGCUGGAGGAGCUGAAUAAGAUCAAGCAGCAGCCCAGUGCUGGUGCAGAUGAUCUGAGUGAAGGUGGUGAAGCUACUGCAGACAUGAUCAGAUAUGUAGGACACGACUCCAACAUCCACCUGAAGUCCCUGAAGUCAGACAUCAUUUCUGUCACAGGGAGGGAGAUGACUGCCAGCAAGUCGUCAACUCCCUUUUCUCAGAAAGAGUUUGAAGCCCUUGCCAUGCUGGAACACCUGCAAGUGCAGCUCCUAGAAACAGAGAUCCGUGCUCAGAAUGCAGAGGAGAGAGCUGAAGGUUUUGAGAAGAAGCUGGGAGAAGCUCUGGAGAAAAUCCAGGAGCUAGAGAGAGAGCUGGAGAAAAAGGGGAAAGUUGUCCCUGAAGCUACACCCAAAGAAGGACAAGGUCAGGAUAAUUAG